AUGCCCGCUAGUGAAACUACCCAGCUACUGACGAGUUCUGAAGAUGGACAAUCCUCCGAUCACAGAGAAACUAGUAUACAAAGCAGCCGAACAAAACUGGCCAUUUUCAUUGCCUACCUAGGUGCCUUUUUAGCAAGCUCGGAUGAAUCCCUCGUUAUUGCGACCUACGAUAUCAUCGCCUCCGAGUUCCACGAGUUAUCCAAGGGUUCAUGGCUGGUCACGGGAUAUAACCUCGGCUAUUGUGUUUCGUUGCCGGUGUAUGGUACUCUUGCCGAUACGUGUGGGCGCAAAACGUCUAUGCUUCUGGGAUAUCUUCUCUUUGCACUGGGAUGUCUCAUAUGCUCCACCAGCGAUUCCAUGCCUCAAUUGAUAGCAGGCAGGGUCAUUAGUGGGGCCGGUUCUUCGGGAAUGGUGGUCAUGAUUUCUAUAUUGAUUACAGAUUUGGCCGCUCCAAGCGAUGUCGCAUUGUUGCGUAGCUACACCAACGUGGUGAACAUGAUCGGACGAGGAGUCGGAGCUCCACUGGGAAGCAUGAUGGUGAAUUAUUUGGGUUGGAGAUGGGCAUUCGCCGGUCGGUUACCUCUCAUCCUACUCUGUUUGCUUCUGUCCCGGGUGCAGUUCCCCACAAGACACAAAGAGUCUGGCUCUGCUGCAGAGGCAUCCAACAUCGAGAACGUCAAGCGCCUGGAUUAUUUUGGCAUUGCUAGCUUCGCAGCUGCGGUUGUCACCCUGCUGCUGGCGUUGACGGCAGCUGGAACAGUAGACGGAAAGUCAUCCACCGUGUAUGCCUUGCUAGGGGUGUGCGUAUUUGCUACUGUGGUGUUCGUCUGUCAUGAGUGUCUCUGGGCGACGAAACCGUUGGUUCCUUUGCGACUGGUCACCCAGGGUGUUGGGCAGUACUGGCUGGUACAGGUGGUGCUCUUCAGCGGACGAAAUGGGGUCAUCGCCACAAUUACCCAGUACAUGACGCAGGUAAAAACAGUCCCCGAAGAGAGGGCGACUUUGUUCCUCGUUCUCUGCACCAUGGCUCUGGCAGGCGGUUCGAUCAUCUCAGGGUUCUCAAUCAAACGGACCAAACGCUACAAAAAGAUGAGUAUCAUCUCUGCUGUGGUCAGCAUCAUCUCCUCCACUCUGCUCUUCUUCUCGUGGCAUUUUGAUCGCCCGGUAUGGGAAUCCCUCCUCGUUAUCCCCAUGAGCACGCCCAUCGGCAUCAUCAUCUCGGGGGAGUUUAUUGGCAUGACGACUCGGGCACCGCAGGAGGAUCUCGCUGCGUGCGUGGGAGCAUACUAUUUGAGUCAACAGUUGGGGGUCAUUCUCGGCGCGUCGGUCGCACCGCUCCUCGUUCGAACAGGGUUCAUGCAUGAUAUUGCGGGACGAUUUGGGGAGAGGACUCAGGAGAUUGUGCGACACGUGCUCAGCGACUCCAAAUAUAUUGACACCCUACCGGCAGGUAUGCAGGCGGUCGUCCGAUCAAGUCUGCAGUACGGAUAUCAGUUUAUUCCUGGUGAGUGCGAUCCCAAUAGACAUGAUGCAGCUAACGAGACAGUAUUCGCCACGGUGACUGCGGCGGUGUGUCUGCCGAGCUGGAUCCUGACACGCGAGGAGCGGGUGGAUUAA